UUCACCAAAGUGGUGAGACGUUGACGCAGCUCUGCGUUCCCGCCCCUGGCCCAAUGUCGAAUGAGGCGGCGGCGGCAUCUUCUUGUGAGCGCUGCCUAGGAAACGGGUUGGGUUGGGCUGCUGAGGGGAGGCAAUGCGCUUGAGAAGGCUGAAGAAGAAGAAGAGGAGGAGGAGGGAGCGCCACUCACUCGUCUCCCGGCACCCCAGCCUGCCUCCUCCACCUCCUCUUCAAGCUGCCGUCUACAAGCGCCGCUUCUGCUGCUCACAGGAAUUUCCUGUCAUCACACUAAUAAGUUGCAAAUGCCUUACAAUGAAAAUCCAUAGAAGAUGGUGUUAUUCCACAGUCAAAGCUGUGUCAGAAUGAACACAACCUUAUCAGUGGUAUUUUAACACAUUGAUCUCAUUUUGCACAUCAGCUGCACUUUUUACACCACUGAAAACUACAGACGCGUUUGAAUACAAGGACUUUCCCUUUGCAAGAAGCUAGGAAGAUGCAAUAGGGGGGGAUGCACAGCUCUGGCAUUCUGCAAGCAGUGAUUGUAACACUAACAAGCUCAUUCUCCUUUGGAUGGAAUUGACACGCACAGUUUUGCAUGGCACUGAUUUCCUGUAUCUGUGUGCCUCCCCCACCCCCUUGAAGUUGUCCGGGUUGCAAAACAGCGGGAAAGCAGCAGCUGCUCGUCUCUGGCAGUAGAAGAUUAUGGUGGCGGCUCAGCACUAGGAAAAGCAGCAGCAGCGGUGGCUGUAGCAGCAGAGCAGGACUCUGUCUGGAUGCAUUUUCCACUGAAAAUCAUCACCGGAAAGUGCAGCCUGAAGACUUGGCAGCCAAGCGGGAAUUGACAGCGUUUGGAAAGGGGGAAACUGGGGAAGGCAAAGGACGUGGGGGUGGGGGCAGCACCAGUUUUUCCCCGUGUGCUUGUGGGCAGGGGGGGUUGAUUAUCAUGGCGGAUCGGACAGCUCCUAGAUGCCAGCUCCGUCUGGAGUGGGUGUAUGGGUAUAGGGGUCACCAGUGCCGCAACAACCUGUACUACACGGCAGGCAAGGAAGUGGUUUACUUCGUAGCUGGAGUCGGAGUGGUUUAUAAUACCAGAGAGCACAGCCAGAAAUUUUUCUUGGGGCACAAUGAUGACAUUAUCAGCCUGGCUCUGCACCCGGAUAAAACCCUGGUUGCCACAGGGCAGGUUGGGAAGGACCCUUACAUUUGCAUCUGGGAUUCUUAUAAUGUGCAGACUGUUUCUAUCCUGAAAGAUUCACAUACCCAUGGAGUUGCCUGCUUGGCUUUUGAUUCAGAUGGCCAGCGCUUAGCUUCAGUGGGACUCGAUGCCAAAAAUACAGUCUGCAUUUGGGACUGGAAAAAAGGAAAAUUGCUGGCAACAGCAACUGGCCACUCAGAUAGGAUUUUUGAUAUUUCCUGGGAUCCAUAUCAACUCAACAGAUUAGCUAGCUGUGGUGUGAAACAUAUCAAGUUUUGGACCUUGUGUGGAAAUGCCUUGACAGCCAAAAGAGGAAUAUUUGGGAAGACAGGAGACCUACAAACCAUACUCUGUUUGUCCUGUGCAAAAGAUGAUGUUACUUACUCUGGUGCUUUAAAUGGAGACAUUUAUGUCUGGAAAGGGCUAACCUUAGUCCGCACAAUCCAAGGAGCUCAUGGUGCUGGAAUUUUUAGCAUGUAUGCAUGUGAGGAAGGUUUUGCCACUGGUGGAAGAGAUGGUUGUAUUCGGUUAUGGGACACUGAUUUCAAGCCAAUAACUAAAAUUGAUCUCAGGGAGACUGAACAAGGAUACAAAGGUUUGUCCAUCCGAAGCGUGUGUUGGAAAGCAGAUCGACUUUUAGCAGGGACCCAAGACAGUGAAAUAUUUGAGGUGAUUGUGAGAGAAAGAGAUAAGCCAAUGCUGAUAAUGCAGGGUCACUGUGAAGGAGAACUCUGGGCUCUGGCGGUGCAUCCCAAGAAACCGUUAGUUGUCACGGGCAGUGAUGAUCGAUCCGUGCGUUUAUGGAGCCUAGCUGACCAUGCCUUGAUUGCCCGUUGUAAUAUGGAGGAAGCCGUGCGGAGUGUAUCUUUCAGUCCUGAUGGAUCUCAGCUAGCCCUGGGAAUGAAAGAUGGUUCUUUCAUUGUUCUGAGAGUGAGAGAUAUGACAGAGGUAGUUCAUAUUAAAGAUAGGAAAGAAGUAAUUCAUGAAAUGAAGUUUUCACCAGAUGGCUGCUUCCUUGCUGUGGGAUCCAAUGAUGGUCCAGUAGAUAUCUAUGCAGUUGCUCAGCGCUACAAAAAAACAGGAGAAUGCAGCAAGUCUUCUAGUUUUAUCACACAUAUUGAUUGGUCUUUGGACAGCAAGUUCUUGCAAACUAAUGAUGGUGCUGGAGAACGCUUCUUCUACAGGAUGCCAUCUGGAAAACCUUUAACAAGCAAAGAUGAGAUCAAAGGGAUUCAUUGGGCCUCCUGGACUUGUGUAAUAGGAUCAGAAGUGAAUGGAAUCUGGCCGAAGUAUAGUAAUGUUACUGAUAUCAAUUCUGUCGAUGGAAAUUACAACAAUGCAGUCCUGGUGACGGGAGAUGACUUUGGUUUGGUUAAAUUGUUCAGAUUUCCUUGUCUAAAGAAAGGAGCCAAAUUUAGAAAAUAUGUUGGUCACUCUGCACAUGCCACAAAUGUCCGCUGGUCACAUGACUUUCAGUGGGUAAUAAGUACUGGAGGUGCAGAUCAUUCUGUUUUUCAGUGGCGGUUUAUUCCAGAAGGUAUAACAAAUGGAAUCCUUGAAACAACACCCCAAGAAAGUGGCAUUGAUUCACACAGCGAAGAAUCAGAUUCUGAUUUAUCUGAUGUGCCAGAAUUAGACUCAGAUAUUGAGCAGGAAGCUCAAAUCAACUAUAUCCGACAGGUUUACAAAGAAGAUCUACCUCAGCUGAAACAGCAAAGUAAAGAGAAAAACCAUUCAGUGCCCUUCCUUAAAAGAGAGCGAGCCCCUGAGGACAGUUUAAAGCUGCUGUUUAUACAUGGUUACAGAGGCUAUGACUGUCGAAACAAUUUGUUCUACACACAAACUGGGGAGGUGGUUUACCAUAUUGCUGCUGUUGCUGUUGUGUACAAUAGACAACAACACACCCAAAGACUGUAUCUUGGUCACGAUGAUGAUAUCCUCAGCCUAGCCAUCCAUCCAGUGAAAGACUAUGUUGCUACUGGACAGGUUGGAAGAGAUGCUGCUAUUCAUGUGUGGGAUACACAGACACUCAAAUGUUUGUCACUGCUAAAAGGCCAACACCAGCGGGGCGUGUGCACACUUGAUUUUUCAGGUAAGAAGCUACUAGAAGGGAAAAGGGAAACCAUACAGAAGGAUGAAAGGGAUAAACUGCUGUGGGAAGAAAAGCUUGAUGAAAAAUAA